UUCCCCUCGCCGAAAAGAUUUGGAACUUAUUACUACGCUCAGCAGAUCUGCAAGAUGGCCGUGCGGGAGCUUCAUCCCGUGCUAAAAUUAACUUUGAUUUUAACUUUUACACAAUUUAUUUGUGCAGAAGUUCUAACUCCACCCUACUUUAAUUUAGCCCAGGGACGAGAAAUUACUGCAACAUCAACAUGUGGCGAGUCACCCUCCGGUGGAGAAAGUAGAGAACGUUACUGCCGACUUACGGGUGCAACGGGUCGAGAAAGAUCGAGGGUAGAUACAGAAAUUAUUCAAGGCCAGUUCUGUGAUUAUUGUGACCGGAAUGAGCCAGGAAGAGAACACCCUGCAAAGUAUGCCAUUGAUGGUACAGAACGCUGGUGGCAGAGCCCCCCUCUAUCCCGGGGUAUGGCUUACAGUGCUGUCAACCUCACCGUCAAUUUGGGUCAGGAAUUCCAUGUUGCCUAUGUCUUCAUCAAGAUGGCCAACUCUCCUCGUCCAGGGGUCUGGGCACUGGAGCGCUCUGUUGACAACGGACAGACAUGGAAGCCGUGGCAAUACUUCGCCGACACGCCCAGCGACUGUAACAAGUUCUUCUCUGUAGAAGCUGACACCAAUCUGGACGCCGACGAUUCUGUCAUCUGUGCCACUCAGUUCUCCAAGAUCGUACCACUUGAUAACGGAGAGAUUGUCGUGUCCCUGGUGAACAACCGCCCGAAUGCCAUGAACUUUUCAUACGCGGAGACGCUUCAGGACUGGACCAAAGCCACCAAUGUCCGACUACGUCUGCUUCGAACCAAAACACUGCUGGGACAUCUGAUGGCUGUCGCGCGUCAGGACCCCACCACUACUCGGCGGUAUUACUACAGUAUCAAGGACAUCUCAAUCGGCGGCCGAUGUGUGUGUAACGGUCACGCUGAGAGCUGUGUGAGGAGCGACCCCCUGAACCUUAACAAGCUUGUGUGUCAGUGUGAACACAAUACGUGUGGCGACCAGUGUGACCGCUGCUGUCCUAACGCCAUACAGAAAAAAUGGAUGCCGGGACGCACUGACAAAGUCUUCCAGUGUGAAACCUGCCAGUGUUACAGACACAGUGACGAGUGUGUUUACGAUGAAGAGGUGGACAAACUCGGCCAGAGUAUUGACGUACAGGGCAACUACAUCGGAGGAGGCGUCUGUCAGAACUGUCGGCACAACACUAUGGGUGUGAACUGUCACCAGUGUGUACCUGGGUACUACAACCCGUACGGUGUACCACUCGACUCCCCGGAGGCCUGUACCCCGUGUGUGUGCGAGGGUGCCAAGUACACAGGAGAAUGUGAGGCGGGUACUGGACGAUGUCUGUGUAGCAUGGAGUAUACAGGACUCGACUGUGACAGCUGUAGUUUUGGUUACUAUGGUUACCCAGACUGUAUACCAUGUGACUGCCACCUAAACGGUACUGAGGGGACCGUGUGUACAGUAGGUGGAGGACAGUGUCCCUGUAAAGAGGCGUACGUCGGUAGCCGCUGUGACAUGUGUGCUUUUGGCUUCUACAACUUCCCCAACUGUAAAUCCUGCCAGUGUGAUUCUACUGGGUCCUCCAGUAAUGUGUGCGACGUGGAGACUGGACAGUGUCCAUGCCAGCCCAACUACUCCGGACUGGAAUGUAACCAGUGUGCCAAUGGGUACUACAACUACCCAGAGUGUAGAGAGUGUGACUGUGUGGUAGCAGGUACAGAGGAGGGUAUAUGUGACAAAGACACGGGUGAUUGUCUGUGUAAGACUAACUACAAGUACCCGCGCUGUGAUCGCUGUGCCCAGGAAUAUUACGGAUUCCCGCUGUGUCAAGAGUGUCAGUGCGCCGACCCUGGUUCCUACAGUAGAGUGUGUCGCGAGGACGGCCAAUGUGCCUGUAGCACAAAUUUUGCUGGAAAACAGUGUUCUCGCUGUGCAGCAGGCUUCUACCGGUACCCAGAAUGUAUGACUUGUGAGUGUGACUUGUAUGGAGCCAUUGGACAGUCCUGUGACCAGCUGACGGGGCAGUGUGAGUGUGCUCCCACGUUUGAGGGGCUCAUGUGUAACAGGUGUAAGGAGGGGUUCUACAACUACCCUAACUGCGAAGAGUGCAACUGUAACCCUGCCGGAGCAAAGGAGAUUCCAGGCUACCCCCUUGGAGGGUGUGGUGUUGUUACACGUGGGCUGUUGUGCGAGUGUAAGGAGAAGGUGAUGGGACGUAUCUGUGACCAGUGUCAACCAGGGUACUACAACCUCAACAGGAACAACCCUCAGGGAUGUCAAGAGCUGCCAUUCCGUGGUUCCUGUGAAUGCCAUGCCCCGGGGACAAUGUCUGGCCUGAGUAACUGUGAUCCUAUUGAUGGUCAGUGUAUGUGUAAGACCAACGCUGGUGGGCGUCGCUGUGACAGAUGUCAAGAUGGAUUCUAUGGACUCAGUGAUGAAAAUACGUUUGGAUGUGUUGAGUGUAACUGCGACAUGGGAGGAUCGGCGAGCGCUGUCUGUGACAGCAGAACCGGACAAUGUAGGUGUAAACCCAGGGUUCGUGGCAAACGCUGUGAAAGUCCGGACACGCUGCAUUUCUUUCCCUCACUGCAGCAGCUCAUCUACGAGAUCGAAGAUGGAAAAACACCCGAGGGUUCUCACAUCAGAUACGGCUUUGACCAGGAAAUAUUUCACAACUUUUCCUGGAGGGGAUAUGCCAUUCUCACUCACCUGCAGCCUGAAGUCUUGAUGGACGUCAUAGUGACCCGACCCAGUCUCUACCGAAUCAUCUACCGUUUCGAAAAUCUUAACGCGUAUACAGUGAAGGGGGUGGUAACUGUCACGCCUCAGUCUGUGGCGGACGACAAGCAGACCAGCGACGUUUUGUUUGUUCACUCGGAGAUGCCACAGUUUGUGACAGUCGGUACCACAAGUGGAGUUAAAGACUUUGUGCUGAACCCUGGGAGGUGGACAAUCUCCAUCAAGUCCCCAGACCUGCUACUCUUGGAUUACAUGGUCCUGGUGCCACAAGCUUAUUACGAGGCAACAGUUUUACAGCAGCCAGUCACACGCCCCUGUACCAUCCCUGACGACGACGGCCCGUGCCUGUAUUAUAAUUACCCAGACUUGUCCCAUUUCCCAGCCGUGUCUGGGGAGAACGGGUAUACCAUAGACUCGGACGGCAACGUCGUACCCACACAGGUGUUCUCCGACCGAGACAUUCUGAACGAGCUGGACCUUGAUGGACUGGCCAAGCUGGAUAGAAACCAGAAUUCGUUGAACAUGAAUUUGGCCGUACCGGACCCUGGGCAGUAUAUCAUUGUGGUCAACUACUUCGCUCUGUCCAACACCACCCAAGAUCUAAAUGUGACCAUCAGGACCGCAGAAGGGGACUACCUAGGAACGGUGUCUCUCAGUAACUGCAAAUACAGUGUUCUUUGUCGAGAGGUACUGAAGGAUCUGAGCAGUAUGCCGGCCCUCACCUUCAUCAACGGAACUGCCCAGAUCAUCCUCACUGGGGACGACAAUAUAGAUGUGGCUAUUGGCUCUGUGGUGGCUAUACCGUACCCCGACUGGACCCUGGGAUACAUUCGGCCCAGCAUCAUCUGUAUCCGUAUCAAUGGCAUAUGCAUAGGUUCCCAUUGGUCUGUACCAGCUGACUCCCGCAGGAUCGAGUUCGAAGACCCACCUAACCAUGAGCUCCGUGUCGGCCCUAACGAGUUCCCAUCCUGGAUCGUGGAUGGAAACGUGGGAUUAGUACAUCUCAAUGACACUGUGUCGACCAUUGAAGUGGAGGCCACGGUUCCAAAUCCCGAUCGCUACGUGUUUGUCGUCCACUUUUACCUGCCCAGUGAAGCCGGAAUUGAUCUUCCAGUCAAGAUUCAUGCUGACGGUCAAGUUUAUGAAGGUAUGUUCCGACCUAGGUACUGCCCUGGUGUUUCUGGUUGUCGUGGACUGAUCUAUUUCGAUGAAGAAGAUGUCAGUGGUAUGAUAGGUGUGAGUGACAACAGGGUUUUUAUCCGUUUCAACAACACAGGCGGCCAUGACAUCUACUUGGACUACCUGUUGAUGAUUCCGGCUUCCCGGUUCUCGGCUGCUGAUUUGGACAUCCAGCCCGUGGAUAACUCCGCUAACUUCCUGACAAACUGUGUUGGACCAGGCUUCCAACUCAUAAGUAACUCUGAGUUCUGUCGGAAGGGGAUCUUCUCCUUAACAACAGAGUUCAACAAUGGCGCCGUACCGUGCACCUGUGAUAUUGACGGUUCUCUCAGCUUCAGUUGUGUAAACUUCGGGGGUCAAUGCCAGUGUCGGGAUCAUGUCAUAGGUCGGAGCUGUACUCACUGUACCGAGGGGUAUUACGGCUUCCCCAACUGUAAAGAAUGUAAUUGUCCCUACGGAAGGUGUCAUCCAAUCACUGGUGAAUGUGUGUGCCCCCCUCGUGUGGCAGGAACCAUGUGUGACCAAUGUGUGGCGGAGACCUUCGGCUACGAUCCUCUCGUCGGCUGUACCGACUGUGACUGUAGCUACUACGGUGUCCUGAAUGACGACCUUAACUGUGAGCAGGGUACUGGCCAGUGCAGCUGUAAGGAGAACAUCGAGGGACGCAAGUGUGAUACCUGUCAUAUCGGGUUCUAUGCCUUCCCACACUGUCAGGAGUGUAACUGUAACACGAUCGGCACACAACAAACCAUCUGUGACCAAACCAACGGACAGUGUCUCUGUAAGGCCAAUGUUGAUGCGGGUAGGUGUGACCGAUGUCAGCCUGGAAAGUUCAACCUUGACCCUCGUAAUCCGAAGGGUUGUACCAGCUGUUUCUGUUUUGGCACGACUCAGACAUGUGACAGCUCAGUCUACACCUGGGGAAUGCACAAAGACAUGGCAGGAUGGACAGCAACAAAUGUGGAGCCGAGUGCCGUGCGAGAGGCUGGAGAUAUUGUGGCCAUUCUGAAUGUCCAGACCUUCAUCACCGACUCUGAUUCUGUCAUUUACUGGGUCGCUCCACAGUCUUACCUUGGGAACAAGGUGGUAUCUUACGGAGGUGGCCUAAAAUAUUCCUUCAUCUACAUGCUUGAGGACCCCACGACAGAGGAGGAGGCUGAGGGACCUGCUGUAGUUCUCACCGGAAGGAACAUGACAAUUGUACACAAGCUUGAUGCUGCAGACUACCAGGGAAAUCGUGUUUACGAAGUCACCGUGCCCAUGGUGGAGACCCAUUUCGUGUACAGCGACACCAGUAGGUUUGUGAAUCGUGACAACUUCAUGUCAAUCCUGGUGGACCUCCAGUCUAUGCACAUUAGAUCGGCCUUCACGACCAACGUAGACCAGCUCAGGUUGAUGAACGUGACUAUGUUGGUGGCAGCGGCUGACGGUGAUGACGGCCCUGCCUUGUCUGUGGAGCAGUGUAACUGUCCCCCCGGCUACACUGGCACAUCCUGCGAGAGCUGUUCACAGGGAUACUACCGAACACCGAAUGCACCAUUCCUCGGUGCGUGUGUACCUUGUAUGUGUAACAGGCACACCGAUACCUGUGAUCCAGACACUGGCAUGUGUCUUGGUUGCCUUGACAACACUAUGGGAGACCACUGCGAGACCUGUCUACCUGGUCACUAUGGCGACCCGUCCCGGGAGAGCUGUACCAUCUGUAGCUGUCCUCUUCCUGUGGCCAGUAACAACUUUGCGUUUGGAUGUAAUGUAUACAACGGUCAGAUGGUUUCCUGUGACUGUCAACCCGGCUACGCAGGUCUUCUCUGUGAUCGGUGUUCCCCAGGUUACUAUGGUAACCCCAACGAACAGGGUGGUCGGUGUGAAAUGUGUCAGUGCUCUGGAAAUAUUGACAUGUCUAACCGUGGAUCAUGUAGCGAGGUGACGGGUUCGUGUCUUGUGUGCGGUAACAACUCGACAGGUGCAGACUGUUCCCAGUGUCGUGAAUGGUGGUACGGUGAUGCCGUCAAUGCCAAAAAUUGUCAAGCCUGCACUUGUGACCAGUGUGGUACCCAGCAGUGUGACAAUGGUGUAGGACAGUGUCAAUGUAAACCUAAUGUUCAGGGUAUCGACUGUGACAGCUGUGCCCCUAACACAUACGGGUUUGAUGACUGUGAGGGUUGCCGGGACUGUAACUGUGGACUAGCAGCCAGCAGCCUUCAGUGUGACCUUGUCUCAGGUCAAUGUUCCUGUCAGCCUGGCGUCACCGGUCUUAUGUGUGACGAGUGUAUGGACGGCUACUUCGACUACACAGCGGCAGGAUGUCAAAAGUGUGACUGUGAGUCAGACGGUGCUAUGACCUGUAAUCCCUUUACCGGUGUAUGUCAGUGUCUCAAGGGUGUCACAGGAGACAGGUGUGACCGAUGUCUACCACGCUGGAUCCUUGUACCCAACGAGGGGUGCCGUCCCUGUGACAACUGUGUGCACAUUUUGCUGGACGAUUUGGAGUUCAUGGACAGAAAUCUGACUAGUCUGACGGGUAACCUAGCAACAGUCUCUGUUGGAGUCACCGCCCUGAAACGACUUGAGGCCAUCAACGAGUCCAUUGCCCUAAACGCACCCAAGAUUGGUAUGAUGAAGGAAGCAGAUGAUGCAUUCUCCCUCACCCCACUGAGGCAGGCUGUCACUGAGAUCAUCCAGAAAGCCGACGAAACCAGCGCUAAGUCUCAGACGGAGAUUAGGUCUGCAGCCCUUGUGAAGGAGGAAUCUGAACAAUUCCUCACCAACGCCCUUGACCUUGAACAGGAAGUUGAUGAUAGCAGUAACAGUGCUAAUGCGGCUAUGCAGGAUGUCGAGGAUGUCCUUGCCACUAUCCUGAGGGGUAUCCAGGUGACAAACAUCGACACAUACAUUGAGCAGUCGACCAAUCUCUUGGAUGACAUCAUGGCAGUCAACAUGACCGGAAUCAAGGACAAAGCAGAUUCUGCCGUUAUGGAUAUUUUCAAGUUGGACUUGGACAGGUUCAGGAAUGCUCACAUUGCGGGUGAGAAAGAGGCUGAGAGGCUUGCCAAUGCCGUCAACGACCUGGCCGACAGUCUGUACAGCCUACAGGAACACGGUCAACAAAGUCUCACCAACUCCUCCGACACCAUGACCCUCGUGGCCAAGAUCAGACAGCUGAGCCUCAGUAUCAUUGAUCUACGUCUGCAGGGAGUGGAGGAAUCCAGCAGAGAUACGGAGAUGAUCCUGAGGAUGUCCCAGAGAGAGGUGGCCGAAGCACUUCAGGCUUUGGAGACAUGCAAGGCCGACAGCCAGACGGUGAGCGACCAGUCAAAUUCUCUAGAAGAUGGCAUCAAUCAGCUCAACGUGAUUGAUCAGGAUUUGAGUGACAAUUUGAGUGAUUUGGAUGUGAAGCUACUGGACGUACAGACUCAUGCCGGUAGCUUGGUUGAUCAGGCAAAAAUGCUGGAGAGUGUGUACACCGACACUCGAGAUACAGCUGCCCUUGCUCUCAGGGCUGCCAAUGCCUACGAGGGUAUCGUCAUGGCGAUAAACGAUGCAUACAACGCCUCGCGUACAGCAACAGGGGUGGCAACUCACGCUCUCGGAAAGUCAUUCGGUGUUGGGGAUGUGUCUGCCAACCACAGGAAUAGGAGUGCUGAACUCCUUGAAGCUGCCGAAAAGAAACUUAGAGAAACCGACAUGGACUUGCAGGAGAGACUGGAGGAUGCGACCUUCAACACCGACAAGGUCGAGGACACCAACCAGGAAGCGAAGGACCGACUUGACAACGUCAACAUACAACUGCCUCCACUGGAAUCCAAUACAGUUGGUACGAGGGCCAGAGAUGCUAUAACAUUAGCCAACGCAGCUAGUCAAAUGACUGCAGACGCUGGGAAUAAGGUCAAAAACAUCAUCAGAAACUUGCCCUCAAACAAAGCAAAGGUUGAGAAACUCUUCAAUGACAACACCAAGACGAAAAAAAACACGCAGUACGCAGAGCAGCAGACCCAGGAUGUCAAGGAGAAAGUGCCACAGAUUAUGGACCUGAUUGAGCUGGUUGGAACACAAUCCAAGAAUGUGCGUAGUCUUCGUGACAGUGUGAUGGGUAACAUCACAGAACUGCGAGAAAAGAUUAUACUGGCACGUGACGAGGCAAACAGGAUCCGUGUUGGAAUGGAGUUCCUUGGCAACACAACAGUUGCCCUGAGAAACCCACCAGAUAUUGACCUGGCUGGGUCAUACAGUCGCCUCACGACCUACAUCCGUACCCAGCAGAGUGACGCAUUGCUGGCCUACAUUGGGGCAGAAUUCAUCCCGGACAGACCUGAUCCCGACUUUCUGGCCUUGGAACUACGCGACGGCCGAGUUAUGUUUAAAUAUGACCUGGGGACAGGAGCCGCAGAGAUCAGCCACCCAUGGAGUGUAAAUGACAACCAGUGGUACAAGGUUGUGGCUGAGCGGAUUGGUAAGACGGGCACUCUGACACUGGAGCGUGACGUAGGUGUCGGGGUGGAGAGUGACAAGGCAAGUGGCAACUCGUCAGGAAUAUUUACUGUACUGGAACUGAACCCUGUCACAACCAAGUUCUAUCUCGGAGGCGUGCCUAGUACGACUAUGUUGCCGAGGACAGUCAUAGGCUCCAACUAUUACGAAGGUGCUAUGGAGGGUGUGGCAUUUGACAGUCAACCAAUGGGAAUCUGGAACUUUGUUUACGGUGACAAUAACUACAUUGGAGCCAUAGAAAGGAAUGUUCUGGUUGAGGAAAAAUCCAAUGGCUUCAGCUUCAAUGGUAACGGCUAUGCCAUAGUAAGUGCCAGAGAAGUUAACUUCCGUCCCCAACAGAAGGCCACCAUCAUCAUGCAUUUCAAGACUUAUGCUAGUAACGGGCUUCUGUUCUUUAUGGGGAAGGGGCGUGACUUCAGCUCCAUUGAACUACGUGAUGGCAGGAUAUCCUUUCAGUAUGACUUGGGAGGCAUGCCUGCCAAAUUGAUGACAGUACAGACUUACAACGACGGUGCAUGGCACAAGAUCCAAGCGGCUCGGGACAAACAGACAGGAUUCCUGAGAGUCGACGAGGAAGCCGGAAUAGAGGGUAGGUCGCCGGGUACACUAGCCUCCCUCUCCUACACAGACGACAUCUUCAUAGGAGGAUUCAACGAGCUCAUCAUGCCAGUCAAAUAUGUGAGUGCUGAGGGUUUCCGUGGCUGCAUCAAGGAUGUUCAGUUUGAUAGUACGGUGUGGGAUCUGAUCAACAACAAUGAGGCUAAGGGUGUUGUCCGAGGAUGUCCAGAACAGAUGCUGAGAACAGCGACGUUUGGAGGAGACAUUCCGGGCCACAUUGCCAUACCAAUGGAUAGCAUCGGUGUCAACUUUGAUGUUACAUUCAGGAUGAAGACUGUUUCUAACUCCAGUCUGCUUAUGUAUACCUCAGAUAAUAAUCAGAAUACUGUGUUUUCCGUGUCGACAUCCAUGGGUAAGAUCAUUGUUACAGCUGACCCCGGGGGCGACCUCACGCGUCUGGAGAGCAAAGUGAAAACCUACAAUGACGGGAAUUGGCAUUACAUCUCUAUAAUGAAGAUGGGCAGAAAACUAAUGAUGAACAUUGAUGACAAGGAGAUCAUUGAGAACCCCACACAAUCUUUAGAAGAGGAAAUUAUUACCCAGCGACCUAUUUUCUUCGGCGGCACCGACUUCUCCGUGCCUGAAUCCUCUGUUGGUGCAACAGCUCCCUUCUUUGGCUGUAUCUCCGACAUUACCAUCAACGGAAAAUUCAAAAACUUUGCAAGCAUACAGAGUCAGAAUAUAAGGGCUGUUACCCUGGGUGACUGUUCUGAAUCACAACCCAGCGGACCAGUGGUGUUACCACCUGUUGUCACACCUAAGACAGGUCCGCCUGAACCAACAACUCCGACAGCAGUCCGACAGUGUGCCUUAUCAACAGACGUGGACAUCUCCCCUCAGCAGGGUGCUGUGUCUGGGAAAUUGUUUGGCACAUUCACCGAGAGUCGUGAGGAAUAUGCUUUGGUUCCAGCAAGUAUGACCGUCAGAUUUACAUUAUUGAUAGAAUUCAAAACAACGUCCACGACAGGAGUUUUGUUUUAUGCCUCGGAUUCGCGACACCGAGACUUUGUAGGUGUGUACAUGCUGAAUGGUAAAAUCGGAGCAGCGUUUAAUUGCGGUACAGGGACGGGACGGAUACUGUCCUUCAGGGCUUAUAACGACGGACAAUGGCAUACCAUGAAAUUUGCCAGAAAUUUGAAACGAGGUGAGUUGGAGAUUGACGGGGAGAAGAAUGGAGUUGCCACAUCGAGCGGAUUUACUCGCUCAUUGAACGAGAAGCCACCAUACUACCUCGGAGGUCUGCCAAUGGAAGUUGCCAAAAAAGCAUCAAAAAAUCUUGAGGGUGCCAGCACGAGUUUCCAGGGCUGCGUCAGGAACCUAAUGGUGAAUGAUAGGAACUUUAGCAAUCCUCAGCUGGAGUUCCAGGUACAGCCGUGCAGCACCAACCUAGAACAGGGCUCUUACUUCUACUCCAACGGAGGCUACGUACAGCUAACUCAAGAGAAAUUCGUCGUUGGCUUAGAUUUGGAAUUCUCUGUGGAGAUCCGUCCUCGUAACUUGACGGGUGUAAUUUUAUCUGUCCAUUCCACCGGGAGUGACUUCAUGGCUUUACAAAUGAAGGAUGGAGAGAUCAUAUUCAGCGCUGAUAAUGGAGGCGGAAUCAUCACCACCAAGUACACGCCCCCUACAAACAAUCUCCUGUGUAACGGCGAAUGGCACACAAUCAGUGCUGUUAAGGCCAAGAGUACAUUGCUGAUGACUGUGGAUGGUCAAAUGAUACGGCCGGUCAGCGGUAAGGCGGGCAGUUCAUCGGCCGACACAACAGAGCCUCUGUUCGUGGGUGGUGUACCAGAUCUGGGAAGGCGGGGACUGGUGGCUGAUGGGAGUUACCUUGGCUGUAUACGUAACUUAGCUAUCGGAGUGGACCGCACACCUCAGUAUAUUACCGCAGGCACCGUAACGGGCUCGGUCAAGGCCGACUCAUGUCCAGCUAAUUAAAAAGAACCUUCUCUGUGUAAUGAUUUAGGCUUGUUGCCAUGGUAACCUUUAUAGUGAAAACGAAUAUUUAUAGAAAUUGCAAUUUUGUAUACAACUGUCAAUAUGAUGAAUUAAAGUACGAUUUUAUAGAAAGCAUAAUGUAUUGUUUGCAUUGAUCUAGUUCAAGUACAUGAGGUAUUAGAACCUAGUGAGGGAAUGGGCUCUAAGAAAGGAAAUGUGAAAAUCAAGUUUGUUUGUAGAAUCCGGUGUUACUAAAAUUUGUACACUGCCAUUCAUAGAUGCACAGACAUCAAUACAUUUCAAAUUUAACAAUAUUUUAAAAAAGGCUUCCAAAUUUCAUAAUACAGAGAUAUUCAUAAAACUUAUAUUUAAUACUUCUAUUUGGUACAUAAUCAAAAUGAAACAAAACAUGUUCAACGAAUCUUUCCUAUUAUUUGACAUAUAUAUAUUUCUUAUCUUUAAAGCUAUGAGAAUUAUGAAAGUGUUAAGAUUUCUCUUUUAAGAAACCUGUACAUUAUCAGAAAACCCUGAUGUGUCCGUCUCCAUGGAUGGCAGUGUAUUUAUAUGAAGUUGUAUGUGCAAUAAUGUUAGAACAUAACUUUAAUUCUACAUGAUUUUAUUACAUUCUCAACCUGAAGAAUACUCCACGAUAUCAAUGCGCUAGAAAUAGUAAGUUCCUUAAUAGGGCUUGUGUAUUAGAGGUUACCAUGGCGACUACUUACUCCAGCUGAAAUUUAGCAGGAACUUGUGUCCAGGUUUAACAAUCUAUUUCCUCACAGAAUAUUUCCUUGUACAUGUCAAAGGCAGUUUUAUCAAUAUUACAGCUUUUAUCAACCUAAAUGAACUCUGGGUUCUUUUUUGAUAACAGCAAUGAAACAUCUGCUAUAACCAGGUAGGUUAUGAGGUUAAAUCUGUAAUUCGGAUAAUCAUGUACAAAAAUUAUAAUAGAACCAAUUUUUUGGACUUUUCAGCUCAAAGUUUUAUAUGCAAAUUUUAUGAAGGUGCAUUGAUCAACAUGCAUACCAUUUUAAUUUUGUUGAACGAUGCGUCGCCUUGGUCUUUAUAGAGGAAUUAUCCUGUGUAGGAUGGACACGUUUUCUCACUUGUAAUCUGUGAAAUCUGAUGUGUAAAAGGUGAAGACCCCGACAACCUUCCUUACUGUGGCUAAAUACCAAUCCUAACGUAAAUCAUCCUGAAUAUUAUGUUGAAUGUCCCUUGAUAAAUGCCAAAAUUGUUGAACAGUUGAUAUUGUUUUUACCUGCAAAUUGUCUUUCAAGAUUUUGAAAACAUUUUUUAAGAAAUUUUAUGUCUUGUUAUCUACAAAUUUUAGUACAAUCUACAAAUUUUAGUACAAUAUACACUUACAUGAAGAGUUGAGUAGAGAUCUUAAAUGUUCUCCUUAUCUCAGUGUUUUGUUGUUAACUGACUAGAGGUAAAAGUGUUUGUGAUGUAAUUUAUAAAUUUUAUCAGGGUAUUUGUGUAUGUUUUAUCAAUAAAUGAAGAAUCUCUAUUUUUAAAAAUGUUAAAUUUGAUGAAGUUGUUGCAUUUCAUAUUAAAUGUUAAAUAUCAAUGCAUUUAGUAAAAAAACUAAAGGAAAUCCAGUUUUUAUGUUUGUCAAGACAUAAUCCUCCUAGACCUUGAUCACCAUGUUAUUUUUUGUACAUUUUAACACUGAGUUUUUAAGUCUUCCCUUUACCAUGUCAUGUUUUAGGAUCAGAAUUUGUCAACAAAUUGAGACACAUGCAUCAAAACAAAAACAUAAAUAAACAACAUAUUCAUUUGUAGUUUGUGACGAUUCUUUAUUGAUAUUUAAUAAUUUUUCAAUACCAGGUACUAAUAAAUUCAAAAAAUUAAAUUAUCAUAAUAAAAAUUAAAAAAGAUGAAAGAUUGAAAAUUAAAUACAGAUUUUGAAACUUUAUUUGAAAAAUUUUCUUUGAGCAAAUUUCUUCAAUAAUGCAUGUGUCUGAAUUUAUUAUCAAUAAUUUAGGCCACUGACCAUCUGUUUUUGUACAUUUAGUUAACUGCACAUAAGUUUAGUUAUUUUAGGUUUUUACAAGGACAUUUUAAGGCAUUUUCAAAUUAUUCUGUUUGCUUGAGAUCAUGAAAAAUUUAUUUAUGUGUAUUUAUAUAUUUCUAAUAAUUUCACACAAUUGGCACUCUAAAUUUUUUAAAUAAUAUGAGGAAUAAAACAAACUUACUAAAUGUACCGAAAUAAAAAGCAGUUAAUAAAAUAUGUGUGUUGUCUUUAUUUCUCGCUGUAGAACCAUAUUUAUCUUGAAACCAACACUAUAGAAUAUUGAUAUGUGUGUAGAAGAUGUGGAAUAAUAAAGAUGCCUAACAAGCGUCAGCUGUAGGGAAUUUCCCUUUAGCUGUAGAGCAUUGGACUGGGGAGCCAAGGGUCGCAGGUUCGAGCCCCAGCGACGGCACUAUCUUUAUCACUGUUCCUCGUCCUACUACAUGUGGUUAUAACGACUGAGCAAACCUCAUACUUGUUCCCCAAUAUACAGUUCCACAAAAAGAGAAAACAUGACACUUUUCCCAAACUGGGUUUAAAAGGGGAUAAGAAAAAUGGGAACUUUUGUAAUCUUUUCUUUCCUAAGUUGGCUUAAAAUAGCAUUUAAAGAGACUAUGUCAAAUUCAAAAGAGGCAUAAUUUUUGGAAAAAUUAAAAAUGGUCAUGUUUCUGUUGUCCCAUUAAACAUAGGUCAGUGUUUUGCUUGUGUUUGAAAGGCCAAUGAAACCCGAUUGUGUUCCCUAACACAAUCCUGCUGAAAAAUAUUCACAAUUUAUUGAAACAUGGAUGUCACUUGAUGAUGGAUAUCUACCUUGUUUGGUAUUUUCAAGCAUUAUCCUUCUGUUUAGGACAUGAUUAAAAAUGCCAUCCUGGUAACUGUACCACGCCAUGAGGUUUCUAUGUGUUGUUACAGCUUGUAUGUCCCACCAUUAUAUAGUGUUACUCAAAGCCACAUCCAACGUGGCGUAUCAUGUAUGUACAUACCUUUGCCAUGCAGCUUUUGGUAGUGAAAAAUUAUUAAGUUCAAAUAAAUCACCUUGAAAUACAUUCAAGGUCAUAUGGGUCAAACAUGUGUCAAUGUUAGAACAGUUAAUCUUUUGACUACUCCGGUAGCUUUCUGUGAUGGAAGGGUACCAUGACCCACACUCAAAUGUCAAAAGUGGUUAAGGUCAUUGGAGUGUAUUGAUAAACGGAAACAGGA